AUGGUUUCGGUAACCACUAUUUUGAAGCUUCUCAGUCUUCCAGUUAAACUACUUUGGGUUGUUCUCAGUUACCCAAUCUUUGGUGGAGCAAACUUGAAGUUCAAAAACAAUUUGCGCAACUCGUUGAAAUUGACAAUUUUCCGCUUCGGGUUAUCCUUACCUGUUAAAGAUAGUGCUUAUCUUGCCAAGAAAUCAACUCAGCAAGUAAUCAACAGUUUGAAACCAGUCUACCCAAGGUUGACCAGCUUGCCAUCGUACGGUAAAUCUUACGACAAGCUCAACACAUGGGUUGUUGAAGCAGAAAACAGAUCUAAAUCAGACCCACUUGUGAUCUACUUGCAUGGUGGUGGAUACAGACUCAACACCGCCCCAGCUCAAGUUGAGUCCCUUUUGAAUGCAUACUAUUUGCUUGAUGAAGAAAAAAGGAAAAAGACUUCCAUCUUGGUGCUUGAUUACAGUUUGACCUGUCAUGGACACUAUGUUGGAACCCAGGUUUACGAAUUAGCUGCUACCUACAGAAAAUUGGUUGCUGAAGGUAACGACAACUUUAUCUUGAUGGGUGAUUCAGCUGGUGCAAACUUGGGAAUUGCGUUUUUACAAUACUUGAGACAAGAAAAGGAUUCCAACCUUCCUUGGCCAAAAUCUGCCGUGUUGAUUAGUCCUUGGGUUAAAAUUGUGCCAGAUGCGUAUCAGCUCACUCCAGGUCACUCGUACUAUGAUAACGAGAAAUACGACAUGUUGAGUGGAACUGUUGCCAGAAGUGCCGAGAGAAGACAGGCAAUGUUUGGUGGUGAAAACUAUGCCGACCUUUUGAAAUCGCCAGGAAACUUGCCCUACAAGAAAAGCGACUGGAGUGACAUUCCAACAUUCAACAACAAGGGUUAUUCCACUUUUGUCCUUUUUGGCGAGCACGAGCUUUUCAGAGAUGAUAUCCGCGAGUGGACCCAAUAUGCACUUGACUCACCUUUGACCGUUCCAAAGCAAGAUUCGAAAGGUGUUUUUGAUCCAAGAAUUCAUGAGUAUAAAACUACUGGACAAAAUGGUGCUUUUAUUGACGUUGUGCUUGAACCAUGGGGAAUUCAUGUUGCUCCUUUGCUUUUUGAAAAUGAUGUUACUAAGGCAUUGGAGAAACAACCAAACUUGAAAUUGAAGGAUAUAGACGAGAGAAAGUUUUUGGGAACAGUAAAGAUUGCUCUGUUCUUGAAUCAAGUUUUGUGA